CCCGGUGGUGAUGUAGCUGCAAAGCAGAGGAGAGGGCUGCAGUGUCUUGAAGGAAGCUGAGAGAAGCUGAGAGGGUCACAGAGAAGUUUGCAUGCGUGGAGAGACGCUCCGAGGAAGACGAGGAUGGGAGAGGACACGGCACGCGGGGGGGGAAGAGGCCGGCAGAUGCAAACAACGGACACGGGAUUGUCUUCACCGAGGACUCGUUGUGAGGACACAGUCUAGUCUGAAGACCACUUCCUGAUCUCUGAGGCCUUCCAAAAGGAGUCAAUCUGAACUCAACUUCCUCUUCUUCCUCCUCGAGGAUAAAGAGCCACGCUCUGCUCGUUUGUCCUGAAUUCAGGCUUGUGAAGUUGGACAUUAAAAAUACAUGUCCCACAGGAGCUCAGGCCAGCAGCAAAGCGGGCGUACCAUAAAUCAACACGCCGCCUCUUUGAUUUCUUCAUCAUGCCGCGCUGCUGCUGCUGCGGCGGCGGCAGACGCGGACGCGGCUCGGCGCUGGCGGGCCGGCUGACCUGCCGAAGCGCACCGUAGGAUUCUAUUUGUGGAGCCUCAUUGCUUUUACAGAUUAACUGCCCUCCAAUAUGGCCCCAAUCCGCCCGUCCAGCCACUAGUUUGACUGCUGCUGCAUAAGCAAGCGUCAGCGCAGCCAUCCGGAACAUUUGGGACGCACCUAAAUCACAGCACCGUAUUUUACCUUGCCCUCCCUCAACUGUCUCAACUUUCUUCCUCAACCUCAACAGGAAGGAUUUAUUGUCUUUCCACAAGACGCACUUUAAGGCUUCUUCCAGCAGGGCGUGUUCAUGGGCCUGCUGAGGAGGUCUAUCAUUUAGACGUUAUCAUAUUCAUGAAGGCAUCCUGGUGUGACGCCAACAGUCGAUGACAUCGUGUCGAAUCUUUGAGAGGAUUGUUGUUGUCCUCCGGAGCCACGCGUUUAGUAAGAGAGAAAUCAAAGAAUUGGAUUAAAGAUGGAUUAUCAGUGAAAGACAAGCAGCCAGCAAAGCAUCUGCCUGAGCGUAAUCCCAUUGUGGAGCCACUGGGCCACUCCGAUUCUGCAGAUUACAUUUGCGCGUGGAUGCCGCUCAAAGACAGCGAUGGAGAACCGCGAUGAGCUGGAGCACCCUCUUCUGGGAGAAAACCCCCAUCCCAGCCGGGCAACGGCGCCCGGGGCGGCCCCUGGAGGCGUCUUCAAGGGGAUCCUGGUCAAGUGCGAGGAGGACAGGGCCUAUCCUCCGCUGGCGUGGAGGGGCUACUGUGGACACCCCCCAGAUGUUGUUCAGCAGCAGCAGCCCCAGCAGCUUCUGGACCCCUGCUCCUUGCCUCGCACGUUGGAGUCCUUCUACCCGGCCGCCCCAAUCUGGGGCCACGCGGACUCCCUGCUCAGCAAGGACUACCUGGAGACCACCUUUGUGGACAUCGGGCCCGGGUCCACGCUGGAGAGGAAGCUGCUGGCCGAGGCGCACGACUUCCACAGCGCGUCCUACAGCUUGGAUGACGAGGACGACCUGCUCCCGGAUUCUGACGACUCGUCCAUUGAAGACUUUAGCGAUAGCGACAGCGACAGCAACUUCCCUCUGAUGAUCCCUCAGGACUACCUGGGCCUCGCUUUCUUCUCCAUGCUCUGCUGCUUCUGGCCCCUGGGCAUCGCCGCCUUCUACCUCUCGCAGAAGACCAACAAGGCUUCCGCCGAGGGCGACUUCCAGGGGGCCAACGCGGCAUCCCGCCAGGCUCUGUGGCUCUCCGUCCUCUCCAUCGUGUUUGGGAUCAUCACCUACAUCUGCGCCAUCGCCGCCCUCAUUUCCUACCUGUCCGCCAAGCCGCCAUAAAAGGCCCCCCCCCCCCCCCCCCCCAUCAGGCGCACAAACAAGUGGACCUUGUGCACGCUAAUUGUAAUAAUAACAAUAAGAUUAAUAAUCACAUUUUAGUGCAUCCAUUCUUCUUCUGAGGUUGUCUUCUAUCUUCAACUCUAAGCGGAUGCGCUUGAUUUACCCACCUGCAGCGCCCCCUGACUCUAGUGUGUGUGUGUGUGUGUGUUGCCACGUUAGCUUGACCAAAGUUAGAAGAAGCACUGUAGAUAUCAUCAUCACCAAGAACAAGAGUACAGUUAGCAGCGUCAAUACAACUUCAAAAAAGAAAUAAGGGCAGAGGAAGGAACUCUGGUGGACCUCGUUCUGCUUUGGAAUGGUCAUUCUUUUUAUGUCCCAUAAGAUGAUAUUUUCUGAAUAAUGUCAUUUCUUUUGUGCACAAACUUAGUCGAGUAGACUCUCCAGAUUGUUAGCAUCCGCUGUAUCAGGGGUAUCCAUUUGCGGCCUUCGGCUGUUUGUUUUUAUUUAUUUUUUUAUUGGCCCACGGCACAUUCUAAACAAGAAAAUAAAUCAUACCAAAACGGCCGCAAAAAUUGAAAAAUCUGCAGUAAUUUUACAUGAACCAAAGUCAAAAUAUUCAGAGAAAAAAGUUAUAAUCUAAGGAGAAUAAGUCGUAAUUUUACGAGAAUAACGUAAUAUUAUGAUGAAAAAGAUUUUAGCUAAAAUUCUAGCUAAAAUCAUUUUAGCAGCAUAAAGGCGAAAUAUUAAAUAAAGAUGUUAUUUUUUUAAAAAGUUGUAAUAUGAAAAAACAAACAAACCAACAAAUAAACUUGUAAUUGUUGGAAAAUUAGGUUGCGGAAAACGUUAUGUUACGCGAAUAAAGUCAAAAUAUAAGGUUUAUCAUUAUAAGAAGAAAAUUUACAAGAAAGUCUAAAUAGUUGGAGGAAAAAAUAGCAAAAAUGGGAAAAAAAAAACAUUCUGACGAGACAAAGACGUGCAAUUUUCUGAGAAUAAAUACAAACAAAUGAGGAAAAAUAAUGACAUUUUUGUAGCAUAGCAUUAAAAUACUAUAGAAAAAAUAUAUUUUUAAGUUGUAAUAUUAUGAGAAAAAGAAAACAAAAUAAACUUGUCAUUUUUGGAAAAUUUGGUUGGGAAAAAAAAUUCAAAUAUAAUGCGAAUAAAGUCAUAAUAUUAUGAGAAAUUUGUUUUCUGAAGAGCAUUUAAGAAGAAAGUUGAAAUAUUUGGAAAAUAAAAAAAAAAAACAGCAAAAAAUGUGAAUAAACGAGCAAAGGUGGAAAUUGAUACUAAUUGUCUUUUUCACCUAAUAUAUCACAAAGCUGAGAUGCAGUUUUUUCUUGAAAUAUACAGGAUAUACAAGUUCCUAGUAGGGAGCGCCCGAGGGGACAUGGACAAAGGAAAAUGUAUGGGCAAAAAAGAGAAAUGAAUAAAGAAACAUUUUUGCGAGAGCUCACAAAACUUUGGCGAGACAACGCAAAAAAGUGUGGACACCCCUGCACUAGAUGAUAUGUUUGCAUUUCACACGUAGAAGUUAUAAGUUAGGUGAGCGACCCCUUCAAAGCCACCUUUUCACUUCGUUUGCUGUCGCUUUUUCUGUGUGAACAGCACCGACAUGAAAUGGGGGCAGCCUCCCACUUUUCAUGUCCUGUGGGUAGUAUCAGAGCUGUAACCAAGGCCGGACGAUGCUUGUGUGAAAGUGUAUCCUGCGCUGUCGGGAUGUCACCUGCCGACAAAUACUUUAUAGCGUACCUUGCUGCUGUUGCCGUGUGAACAGUGCGCAGGCGGGUAAAUGCCGUUACGGCUCUGAUGUGCCAACAGUGCGGGAUCUCUGUUGUGAAAGGGGGGCUGGUAUCUUGGGUGCACGGUUUUUGUUAUGCUGUGGUGCUGCGUUCCAGGACACUGGAAAGUCGGAAAAUUGCAACCUUCAAGGGAAAGCACAAUGUGGGGUCAGGGGGGGGAUGUUACGACAGGGACGCUCAAAAAGAGGAUGGUCAGCCAUGUUUACGUUUACGUUUGACUUAAACCAAGGCAGCGUUUCCGAUAUGUAAUCCCUCGCCACUUUACGCUUCAAUUUUCACAGCUUUGCUCUACCACAGUUUCACGGUUUAUUAAUGAAUAAGUCAUAGCUGUUUUGUGGCUGAAUGUGGCCUAUUAUUAGUCCAAAAAUAUGCAUAUUUAAGCAAAUUUUACAUAUUUUUUGUCUAAACAAAGCAUUUUCAAGCAUAGAAAUGGCUAAAUGAACCAAAAUAGACAUAUCCGAAGAUGCGUUCAAAGACGUGAUGAUCACUGGUCACUCGUGUCAGUCAUGUUACAUUGAUGAGACACUGCAGGUGGUACUGUACAGAAACCCGGAGUAAAAAAACAAGGAAACUCUCCCAAUGUCAGAGCUUUUCAAAUAGUGGGGCGGGUCCCCCUGGGGCGAUGCAGUGAACUGUCAGGGUAGGCGUGAGAGGCAGGGAGGAAUUUUAACAUUAGUGCAGACUUGCCAACGUGUCGGAAUUUGUCGUAGUUGGCAUGCAAUUUGAUUCUUAAAUAUGCCGGUGUGCUUCACUGCUCCCCAUUUUGUUGCAUUUUGCUGGUUUCAGUUUCGAGUCCAGUCUGUGCAGUGCAGGUAAAUAAAUAAAUACAUAUUAUCAGUUUGUCAAUAGUAUUCCAAAUCGGAGGGGCGCAAAAACAUUUCUGCCCACCAGUGAGGGCGUGACAGAAAAUAAUUGAGAACCACUGCCCAAUGCUAACAUGUGUCUGUCUUAUUUUCUCUCAUUAUGUCUACUAUAUUGGGUAAUAGGAGUGUAAAGGUGACUAUGGGGUGUUAUUUCAUGUCUAGAGGGCUCUAAUAAUGUUAAAAACCGUAUUUAGAAGAUUGUAAACAGGUUUUCUAUGCUCUAAUAUGUCUUAUUUUCUCUCAUUAUGUCUACUAUAUUGGGUAAUAGGAGUGUAAAGGUGAUUAUAGGGGUGUUAUUUCGUGUCUAGAGGGCUCACAUGUUAAAAAAACAAAUUUAGAAGGUAAACAGGUUUUCUAUGAAAAUAUUCCAUUUAUCAUAAGUGCAGGCUAGCAUAAAUCCUAAAGAACUUGAAAAUAAGGAAUCCUCUUUUGCGGAAAUUCACUUAUCACUGUCAGGUCUGGAACCAAUUAACUGAGAUGAACAAAGGAUUUCGGUAAAUGCUAAGCUAUAACAAAAUAGCUUAGCUUUGUGUCAUAGAAGACAAAGCAAUGUGGUGUCAUCUUUAAUCACAUAUAUCUUUAACAAUGAAAGAUUUGCAUUUUUUAAAAACUAUUUUCGGGCCAAAAAUGUAGCCACAGUAAGCUUCGAGUGGGAUAUUUCCGACUUUCCAGCCAUCUUGAAUGCAGCAUGAGUUAGUAUCUCAUGUGCACGUUUCUGUGUUGUAGUGGACAUGAGUUAAUAUCUCAGGUUUUAAUGUCUGGUGCAACAACGUGAGCAUCUUGUACAAUACAAGCGAGUGUCUUGUAUUUGUCUGGGUCGAAGAUACAGUAUUUCCCCUGCACACAAGAGGCUAACUUGCGUGCUCAGGUUCAAACGUGUCCUCACCUUCUUGGACUGAAUAUUGUGAGGAGGUGAGGGCAAAGAGACACGGACGAUAUGGAGAAAAGUGCCAAAAGGAUGGAAGAACGCGUGAGGGGAAUCCUUUCUAGUCGAGUUGCUCUCCCGAGUGGACAGCGUGCCAUGAGCGACUUUUUUCUAUGUAGGUGUAGUUUUUAUAUGAUUGAGUGCACAUAAUAACUAAAGACACACAGCGAUGAUCUGUGAAACCUCCUCAGCUUCCACCGUCCUCCAACAAUCCUCCCGCUGUCUUGUAGCGACACCCGGACUGCUCACUUCCUGUCACAUGACACCUGGACACUGGCAGGAUGGCUGAUGGGACUCUUGGAAAUAACAUGGAAGGAAAUACAGUCAGUCUCAAUAAUAAACACGCACUUGUUUGGCAUUGUUGUUGGUUCUUUUUACGUUAUACACCACACUUGCUGAAAUAGUGGCCUCAAAAUGCCACACCUCAAUAGAUGCCUCAGGAAAGAAUUAAUAACCCAUUGUCAGAACCUACACUGGUGCAGUGGGACCUGGGAUCCUCCUGGUCCACGACAAUGCCCGACCUCAUGUGGCUAGUGUAUGCAGGUAGUUCCUGGAGGAUGAAGGAAUUGAUACCAUUGACUGGCCCCCACGUUCACCUGACCUAAACCCAAUAGAACACCUCUGGGACAUUAUGUUUAGGUCCAUCCGGCGCCUCCAGGUUGCUUCUCAGACUGUUCAGGAGCUCAUGGAUGCCCUGGUCCAGAUCUGGGAGGAGAUCCCCAGGACACCAUCCGUAGUCUCAUUAGGAGCAUGCCCCGACAUUGUCAGGCAUGCGUACAAGCACGUGGGGGCCACACAAACUACUGAGAAUCAUUUUGAGUUGCUACAAUGACAUUUUUCCAAAAUGGACCAGUCUGCUGCAUCAUUUUUUCACUUUCAUUUUUGGGGUGUGUUUGAUUUCCCCCCUCUAUAGGGUGAUCAUUUUCAUUUCUAUCAAAUGAUGUGGCAUCAUUUUGUUACUAAUACAUCACCC